GGAGCUCCUUGAGUGACAGUCCCUACAAAAAAUGAUGACAGAAUACAGGUUUGCGGUGGUGGGUGCUGGAGGUGUGGGAAAGAGUGUCCUGACCAUCCAGCUGAUCCAGAAUCGUUUUGUGGAUGAAUAUGACCCCACCAUAGAGGACUUCCAUCAGAAACAGGUGGUCAUUGAUGGGGAGGCAUGUCUGCUGGACAUCCUAGACACAGCGGGUUGGGAGGAAUGUAGUGCCAUGAGGGACCAAUGCAUCCACACAGGGGAGGGUUUCCUCUGUGUGUUUGCUAUCAAUAGCACCAAGUCCUUUAACAACAUCGAUCAGUACAGGGAGCACAUCAAACGGAUAAAGGACUCGGAUGAUGUGCCAAUGGUGCUGGUGGGGAACAAGUGUGACCUGGCCGCUUGUACUGUUAAGUCUUGGCAGGCCCAGGACCUUGCCCGCAGCUAUGGCAUCCCCUAUAUCGAAACAUCAGCCAGGACCCGGCAGGGUGUGGAGGAUGCCUUCUCCACACUUGUCCGUGAGAUUCGGCAACACAAACUACAGGAGCUAAACCCUCCUGAUAGGAGUGGCCCUGGCUACAUGAGCUGCAAGUGUGUGCUAUUGUGACACCAGAUGGCGAUACUCCAGCUGAUGGUCGUCCUGCUCUUCCUGGCUCCUGCUACAGCCCGGAUAUCUCGUUCCCACACCACCGCUGCCCCCACAUCCUUCGGGCCUCCCCAUCUUCCCUGCAGCAGCCUCUGACACCCACCCCAGGAGAACUCUACCACCUGCUUCCAGUAUCUGCUACCACUUCCCAGGGCCCCACUACUGGCUCCUCAACGUCCUCGGAGCCUGGGGACAGUGGUGACUAUACUGAG